CGCGGUGGUGGACAUAGGAAAAAGAGGUGGAAGGAUUGAGGGGCAGAGAGAUUUUUUUCAGUGUCCAGUGUUGGGUCGGUAGUACGCUCUGUAUAGUAGAUUUAUUCGGUAUAUAAUCGCGGUGUUGACUGUUUAUAGUGUUCCUCGAAACUCGCAGAAGAUUCGAUUAGGGCACGAGCGCACAACCGGUAAUCCCCGGUACAUAUUAGGUCUACUAGCUGUACAACAAUAAUGCGCAACGAGAUGUAUGAUAUGUGUAGGUGUGAAGUGUAUAUCAAGAGUCGAGAGAUGAAUCGAAGAAUCUGAUCUGAUCGGGUAAGGUGAAAAUAAAGGAUCUCCGAGAAAAUGUUACUACUACCUUUGAGAACGUGCAGUAGCGAUGUAUCAACGGUAUCAACGACUCAUGUUGUCGUCAUCGCGCAUCCCUUCGUACGAGCGGCAACAGGAACGAUAAGCUAUUUUUGGCUGAUGGACGGCGCAACAGCACGAGGUUUAAACGAGUUUGAAUAAAACAAAGUAAUGAGAAUCAACGCCACAAAAAUGAGUACUCCGAUCGAGGAGAAGAUUGAUCAGAAGCUGAAGGUAUCGGUGAGAACGGGCAUGGUCACGGUGAGCGACGGCAAGAGCAAACCGGUGCCGAUGUGUCUCAAUCUUUCUAUGGAGGUAUUAAAACUUCAGCGAGAAGAUUUUGAGGCUGAGAAUCACAAUAAACCGCCAUUGGAUGCCAAAGAGCGAAUGGUUCAGAUAACUCGCCAAAAAAUAGGAGGACUCGGCUUGAGCAUUAAGGGAGGCGCGGAGCAUAAACUUCCUGUUCUCAUAUCAAGAAUCUACAAAGGCCAAGCCGCCGACCAGUGCGGUCAAUUAUUCGUCGGAGAUGCCAUAAUCAAGGUAAACGGGGAAUAUAUCACCGCGUGCAAUCACGACGAUGCUGUCAACAUUCUGAGAAACGCUGGUGACCUCGUCGUCCUCACGGUCAAACACUAUCGCGCGGCAAAACCAUUUCUACAAAAAAAUGAGAAAGAGGAAAAGUUGGACAACUGCGCGAAUGCAACGAAUGGCGAGACCGAGGAAGAAUGGGGGAUCUCGGGGAAGAGACGUUCGGGAGGGAGUCCGAAAUCAGGUCACAGCCGACACGGCUCGAACGCCUCGUCUUCGUCUUCGGGACAUUUGAAAAAAUGGAUCGACGUAAUAACGGUUCCAUUGAUGAUGGCGUACGUGACGAGAUACAUAUUUGGUACGGAUAAACUUAGGCGGAACGCUUUUGAGGUACGAGGGCUGAACGGGGCCCGUACAGGAGUGAUCCACUGCGAUGACAGUGGAAUAUUGAGCCAAUGGUUGAAAUACAUAACGGACAAUAUAACGGGUCUGACGCAUCUCCAGAUGAAACUGUACAAUCGUAAUUUUGGAGUUGGCGAAAGAAUAGAGUACAUGGGUUGGGUGAACGAAGCGGUAAGCAAUAGCAAUCAACCGUGGCAGAGUUACAGGCCGCGUUUCCUCGCGUUAAAAGGUCCGGAUCUCUUGUUGUUCGAGACACCACCCUGCAACAUUGGCGAUUGGACACGAUGCGCGCUCACCUUCAAGGUCUAUCAGACGAUGUUCCGAGUGAUGAGAGAAUCGGAGAACGUUGACGAGAGACAGCACUGUUUUUUGGCACAAAGUCCUGGAAAAGCACCGCGCUAUUUGAGCGUUGAAACGAGACAGGAGUUACUGCGAGUCGAGGCCGCCUGGCACACCGCGGUAUGCUCCGCCGUUACACACUUGAAGAGCAAAACUUUUACGGUUACCUUUAAUUCCAAAAGUGCCGGUCUCACUCUCGAAUGGACUCAGGGAUUCUCUUUGUCAUACGAGAACAUGAGCGAGGUCGUGUGGCGUUACAAAUUCUCGCAAUUGAGAGGUUCCAGCGACGAUGGCAAGAGUCGCUUGAAAUUACACUUUCAAGAGAUCGAUAGUAUCGCUAUCGAGACCAAGGAAUUGGAAUGCUCACAGUUGCAGAAUUUGUUGUUUUGUAUGCACGCUUUUCUCACUGCGAAGUUGGCCGCGGUCGAUCCAACGUUCUUGACCUCGACGACCCCCUGAGGCCCCUCUCCUUCUCCUCCUCCUCUACUUGAUUUCUCAACGACGCAUAAACAUGCACAACCCCGACUCGUCUUCAUCCUGCAUCGCCAAGACCCUUAUUACCUCCACUAAUGAGCACAUCCCAUCUUUUUGCAAACGGAUAUUUCUUCAGCACUAUUUCUUUUCUAAUUCGAAUUAUCAUUGUUGUUUCAAGGUAUAACGAACCCUGAAUUUUUUUCUUGAUGAAAAAAAAAGAGUUCACUUUCAUCUAAAAAUUGGUUUUUGACGAUGUUUUUCUUCUGACUAUUCGGUGAAUGGUCAGAAGUGAAGUGAUUAAGAGAGAGAGAGAGAGAGAGAGAGAGAGAAAAGGAGAAUAGAAAUGGGCGGAAAAAUGCGUUUAACUAGUCACUGAUUCCAAAAAUAACGACAAGAAAAUGAAACGAAUGAAAAGACGCGUAUGCUUGUUUAUAUAUAUAUAUAUAUAAAAAAAAAAAAUUGCGCGUAUUUUAUCGCCCUCGAUCGUAAGUUUUAUCAGGCGAGUUGAGAAUUGUUAAUUGCGUUUGAAGAACCGUCAGUUCCAGAAAAAAUGAUUAUCGAAUUAUCCUAGUUGUUAGGCUGGAAACGGUGAUAUAUCAGUUUUACAAAGUAAUUUUAUUUAUUUUUCGUUAUUCCCGUCUGUGCUCGGAGGGAAUGAAAAAUAAAAAACGCUUGCACAAAAUCUCGGAUUAUUUUUUCGAGCAAAAAGUUUGGUUUUUAUAUCGUAUUUAUAAAUAAAUCCACGCGUAUAUGUUGCAAGCUUGGAAUAAAGAGAAUGAAAGCUUGAGUGAAAAAGUCGCGGAUUCCUCGACAUAAUUUAAUCGUAUGAAUAAACGAAAGGAGCAAAUGAAUACAAAUAAGAAAAAAAUAAUCGUUGACGGGGUGAGUAUAUUACGGGCGCGUUAAUCGUAAUAAAAAAUGCUCUCUUAAUCGUUUAAUCGUUUGGUACGACUCAACUACGAAAUAAGUUAUAGUCAGUAUUAAUCUGUCAAUAAGAUAACACCGUUGCAAUUAAGAAUCUCGAGUGAGAAGGAGAAAUUGGUAAAAUAAAUAAAAAAAAUCGGUAACCUUCUGAUGGAACGACUAUGAGUCGCUUACCGCGAUAUACACCGAUCCGGAAAUUCUUUCGUUUCUGUAUUUGUGUUACGUUGUCCCGGGUAUACGGUACUCUUAAAUUCCACAACUCAGGCGAUCAAUUUUAUUCAUUUCCAUUCGACUUAUUUUACUCUCUUUUCUUUUUUCAUCCACGGCGACAACUAUCUUUUAUAGAGGGGAAAUUUAAAGAAUAUACGAGACCCAUUCCAUUUGGUUCGUAAAGACAUGAUGUUAUCUCAUUGAGAAAACAUUAUAUUUCUUGCAUAACAAGAUCGUCGAACUAGAUUUCUCGACCUAGCGGCCUUUUCUCGAAUCAUAGAAUUCGUAUAAUUGCGAUGACACGCAGCACGAAUGCGUUAGCGGCGAUACUAUCCCCAGUACUCGCCAAACCGUUUACAAUAUUUUUUAUUUACUUGUAUAGUAUACACUUACACACACAGGCGCUUACACGCGCGCGCGCGCGUGCAUGUAUGUGUAUAUUAUGUAUACAUGUAACGCAAUAUCAUGUAGAAAGUGCCUAUAUACCUUGUUGUACACGAUCGAACGAUGAUGGACGAUAUUCAUUCGACGAUUUAUCCGAUGCACUCGUUUAUUCUCUUGUUUGACGUGAGAUUUGAAAAACGAAAAAGUAAAUCAAAUGUCAACACACAUUUAUCUAGUCUUAACGAAUAGCUCGAUAUGCGUUGCUAUAACUCCGAAAUUACGAAAUAACGUAUCUCUGUCUUUUUCUCACCCUCGCUCCUCUCCACCUUUCGGUGCUCUCCCCUUGUCUUUUCACAGUUUCGUUCCUCUCGAUCGUGCAUAAAUCCGUUCCCCGAUGGGAUCAUUUUUCCCCCCAUCUUACACAAUAAUUUUUUUUUUAUUUUGUCGGGACAAUAGAAAAUCCAUUGAUUUAUCAUAUUGCACGUUUUUUUUGCUCAUCAUCAUUUGAUGCCCCCGAGGCUUGUUAUUUGAAUUUGCGUAUAAUCACGAAACGACCAGUCUCGUCGAGAACUUUGCCUAGAAUAUUAUAAAUGAUGUACUACCGCACGGAUACAGCUCCGGUUACGAUAAGAAAACGAUGAAUGUGUGCGCUUGAAUAAUCGAGGAAUGCCGAAGCAAUAAUGAUUGAUGCGAGACACAGUACGAUACGAUUUUCUCAUAUUCCGAUAAAAGAAGAAACGUGCGUAUUGAAAUAAGGCACUAGGUGAAUUAUAUAGGAUUCGCUGUGAUUAAAGAGGGAAAAUCGCUAUGAGAAUGACUGCACAAGUAUAUUGUAUGUAUAGAUAGUUUAGUGAAAUUGAUACGAGUGAGAAAGAAAAUAGUAAUAACAACGAGAGAUAAACUUGGAAUGGCAACUACAGUUCAAUUAAUCGUCCGUGAACGAGUAAUACGAAUCUCGAGGAAGAGAGAGGAUGAGCGGAGGAGAAAGAUGAAUAUUAAUUAUUUAUAGGUAUACACGGAGAUUAGAGGAUAUACAUAUCCAUCCACGAGGGCAUACUUUUUAUUUUUCCUUCGAUUCUAUAUCCGAGCUUUUUUUUUUGUGAGAGUAAUUUCCAUAAUGACAGUUUUACAGAUGCGAUUGUCGUUGAGUCAUAUUCGAAGUAGCAGUUUUUCACGAAACAAAGAGAUAAGAAAAAAAAACAAAAUAAAAAAUCACGCUAAGGGUAAUCGAUGGGACCUUCGAGAAGGGCAUCUCGUGACCAUUUAAUCGUCGUAUCUUCGCAGAUUCAUAGAUAAGAGCGCAAAUACAUUUUUUAAGAGUUGAUAUUGAAAAGGGAUACGAAGUAUCGCGAGAUUACUCUCAAAAAAAAAAAAAAAGAAUCAUUCAGAUUUGUUUUCAACUAAUGUGCAAUAACGGUCUCUUGAUUUAUGUGCUAUUUUUCGUUUUUUUCUUUCCCCUCGGUACGUCCUACUCGAGGGAGAAUACAAGGCGACGAAUAUAUAGUUGUAAAUAAUUUGUAUUGCCCGCGAGAUUGGUUGCCGAAGACGCGAAGCUCUUGUAAAUCCGCAUCUCAUAGAACGGCAUGUUUUUUUUUGUUUUUAAUUAAAAAAAAAAAAUUUUGAUUGUAUACGCUUUUGAAGGGAAUAUUUGAAAGGCGCGAACAAGCGAAAAAAGAAGUUACAAAAUGAACAAAGAAGAGGCAGCAGCAGCAGCAGCAGCAGCAGCUUUUGCUUGGAAAUAAAAUAAAUUGUACAAUGUUCGGAAAAAAUAUGUACCCUCGACGCACGAGAAAGAGUGUACACGAGAGCGCUCGCACGAUCGUAUUCUAUGAAAUAUGGUUUAUCCUGUUACAAUGACUAUUCCCUCAUUGACAAUAUGUUUCAAGAAAUAUAUUAUAUAUAUCAUUGUUAGAAGUUACAGAUCCAUCGAAAACUCAUUUUAUCCAGUAUGCAUAAGAUGUUGCGGUACUAAAGAGAAACGUUUCCUCGUUUUACUUUUCAACAACAAGUAUAUGCGCGUGAAUCAAGAUCGACUCAAUUUUCGAGCUUUCUAGACGAUUUUCCGAAAGAUAUUUAUGAUAAAUAUUGGCGUUAUUAAACAUUGUGGAUCUUCCGCAUUGGUCCACCUGCGUUACAGGGAAGAUUCUCUUUUAAAUGUAUCGCAGCGGUAUGUCGUCGGACAUGAAGAAUUUCUAUUUGAAUUUCUUUCUCAGCAAAAAUUGUGAAUAAUAAACUAAUACCGCUCGUUCAGGCUAAUAUAUAAUGGAUGUUUGAAUUAUUGAAUAUUUCGAAUGAUUACACUUGUUGAUACAGCAUAUAUUUAUUAUAAAGUGAAAUUAUCGAUCGUUUAGACGAUGCUGCCGCCGCCAUCGCCACCGCCCCUCCUGUCAUGCGAGGGUGAACGAGGAGGGGGAAAAGGGUUUUGUUGUUAUAGCGUGUACGAUGUAUAUGAAAAUUUGGUGACCGCAGUACAACCUUUUAUCCAAA